UCUCUCCAGCCUGGCUGUAUCUUCUCCACCGUUGAAACGUGGUGCACGAUGGGAAGAACGGUUGCUGACCCCUGCCGCCGGUGGUCAAUUUUCCCCAAAUUAAUCAUCCAGCUGGUGGCGGUGUGGUGGUUGAUGUGUGGUGCUGGAAGACCUGGUGGGGAGCGGUUGAGCGUGUGGACAGUGAGCGGAUUACCACCAGCAGCAGCAGCAGCAGCAGCAAAGCAUGCCGAAUCCGAACCGGAUGCGAAGGUAGAGGAACCGCCGGUCAACUGCUGGGAGCGGAUCGUCACCAGCGGCACAUUCGAUGACUACUACCGGCUCGAGGACGUUGGCAAUGUACCGUCGGAGCAGUACCCGGUCAACCUGAGCCUGGCAGUCGUGCUCGGCAAUCGGCAGGAAGAGCUGGGUGUGCUGCUGUCCGCCGAAAAUCGUAGCCUAGCCCAUCCGGACUACGCGCGCACGUACGAGAUGCGCCUGACCAAUGUCUACACCGUGCUGUACCGCGAAACGAUCAAACUCCAGGCGUACCACAGCCCCCGCGAUAAGCUUUUCCCCGCCGAUAUGUUUCGGUUGCGGUUUCUCGUGAGCCACGAUGGGAACGUGACGGUGCUGGUGAAUGAACAACGUGCGCCCCGUACCCUGCUGGCCGUUUACGAUAAGCGCCCACCAUUGGCACUCCGCUACAUCAGCUUCUCGUCCCGCAUGAACGCAUAUCCGGUACGGUACUUCCUCGGGUGUGGUAUGGCUCGGUACGCCGUCACCGGGGCACCGUCGGCAGCAGCAGCAGCAGCGGGUGAAGAGAAUGAAGAGCCCCGGGUGGGCUCGCUGCUGUCGAGCAGCCCGGCCGGUCCGUCCUGCCCGGUCUGUCUACCGCAGCGCUGUGAGGUGAUCGUUAAGGCGUGCGCUGAUCCUUCACCCGAGCCCGAACCAACACCGAAACACCACCCACUCACCUUGAACACGACGAGUGGGGCCGGCGACGGUGAAGCGAAGGCACGCGAGAAGUACUACUUUUUCUUCACCAUGCAUCUCACGAAAAACCGCCACAAAUCAUCUGGCGGUGGCAACUGAUGCGCUGCGAUUCGUUCACUUCCUCCACUGAAGCGAAAAAUAUCGCGGGGGGGUUUUAUUUUUUUAAAAUUUUUAUUCAGUUAUAGGUGACACUCACUGGGGUCCCUCGAUUGGCCCUGUUGGGCCCUGUUUUGUCGUAUCAGGCGUCGGCCCCAAAAGGCACCAUCUCGAUGGGUUUCGGCACGAUGACAGUAAACACCCUACAUAUUAUUUAUGGAACCUAUAUGUAUGUUCCCACUCCCUGGUGCUGCAUGUUGAUACCGCGAUGGCAAUGUUACUACUGCAGUCCGAGUAAGCUAUUAUAUGUUCGGCGAACAAGGGAACCACAAACAAUAACAACAACAACAACAACAACAACAACAAAACCAUACGCAAAAGACAGUGAUGUACAACAAUAAACGUUAUAUGGUCUGGUACAGGUGUCUAGUAGUGGGUUUCGAGAAGGGCGGCCUCACUUGGUGCUGCACGGAGGGAGCACGGUGGCACCGGUACGGUUAUUCAACACAAGUGUUAAUGGCAAGGAUGCGCGCGAAUGCCGUACGCUCUUCAACACGCAUUGCGGUAGGGAGCGCGCCGGUCUUCUACUCCGAUUGCGCGUGGAUGGAUGAGUAGCGGUCAGCAAAAUAUGCGUUGACCUCUUCGCGAAAGGGCACCGGGGAGAAUCAUCUUCAGCGCAGAAGGCUACCGUAACCUUUCGCCUUCGGUAAGACCGCCUUGUGGUCCCGAUCCUCGGAAAAGGUCACAUUGUCGCGUUGCUUGUCCUUGCGCACAAGGAAGAAAGGAAGGAAGGAUCCUUUUCAACCCAGGACUUACGCGCGGGGUUUUUGUCCGCGUCGUUUCGCAAAAAAAAAAAAAAAAGGUUGGGAAUUAUAGGGAUGCUGUGGUACGAUAAACAAUCCGUGUAAAUCGGUCAUCUCUCACUCCACU